GUUCUGCAAUCUGUCUCACUGAAAAUUUUCACAGGAGACGUUCUCCACCUAAAAGGCAGAACCGGAUCAGGAAAAUCCACACUCCUCCAAACUUUACUCGGCGAGACGUACCCCACUAGGAAGAUCUACACAAAAGGCAACCUAGAUGUUGCUUACGUUUCGCAGACAGCUUGGAUUCGGAAUGCCACCCUCAAGGAGAACAUUCUUUUUUUUCGUCCCUUUGAUAAAGACGCCUAUCAAAUGGCGCUGCAUGUGGCUGAUUUGACCAAGGAUUUGGAGCAACUAGAGGAUGGUGACCAAACUGAGAUCGGGGAGAAGGGUUUGACGCUGUCCGGUGGGCAGAAGAUGCGGGUUGCUGUUGCCAGAGCAGUGUAUGGAUCGACGACACUGUCUGCGACUCAUCGUCGAGAAACAUCAGCUACAACAAGGCUAGUCAAGCUCUACCUCUUCGAUGACAUCUUUGCUGCCUUAGACGGAGGAACGGCGUUGAGAGUAGCACGGCGUCUUCUCCGUUUUGUUGCUAACAGUGAUAGCGUUCUUUUUUUCGCUGGAAACCUGUGCGGAAGCGUCUUGAAGAGGGCGAGAGCGACCACUAGCAGCACAGACGAGCUCUUCAAGAGUCGUUCCGGUAGUCCAUCUGGAACUACGAAGACGAGCUAUUCUUG